AUGCCCAACAACGCACAUGAUUCAGCGAUGAUGAUAUGUUAUCGAGAAUGUUUAUCGAAUUUAGGAAAAUUCAAUGGUGGUGAAGAACCGAAAAUUUUACAAUUUAUCAAUAAUAUUGAACGUAUCGGAAAAAUGAUUACCGCAAAUGAUGAUAUUCUACAUUGUAUGUGCACCGCGAAAUUGGAUGGUGAAGCAAAGCGCUGGUAUGAAGACAACAUGUCAUUAGCUCAAUGGGAGACUUUGAAACCAGCAUUAUUAGAAAGAUUUACAACAUCCGAUUCAUCAUCGAAAAUAUUUGAACAAUUAAAAGAACGAAAACAAAAAUUAGAUGAAACGAUUUCAUCGUAUCAUGACGCUAUUAUUAAAUUAUGUCGUGAAUAUGAUUCAUCCAUGUCACAGAAAAUGAUGAUAUUAUGGUUACAAAAUGGAAUUAAAGAUUCAUUAAAAACGCAAAUUAAACGACAAAUGAAAUUAUUACCUGAAUCAGCACGAACGACUCACGCAUUUUUAAAAAUUGCAAAGGAUGAACAGGAAUUACAAGAAGAAGAUUCACCCGAACAAGCAACAACACAACCUUAUAUGCCAUACAUCACGAAUGCAGUAUCAGCAACACUACAAGGCAAACGAAACAACUCCGAAAAGGUACCAACAUCUACAUAUUCACCACCACGACACACAACAUAUGAAUACAAGAAACAAUAUACAUCAUCAUCAAGCAAUUCAACACCAUUAACAUCAAGUUCAUAUGACCGCAAUUUAACUUCGCGACCACGACCUAUAUUACGUCGACAAGAACCACAUGACUUACCAAAUAAUUAUUCACAACGAAAUCAACAACCAAAUGUUAAAUCUCAUUCAUCUACACAACAGGAUUUUCAACGUCGUCCAUGUUCGAUAUGUCAACGUAUUAGUCACCGGACAAUUGAUUGCUAUUAUAAAAAACAAUAUGGAUCUGGAACCCGCGAUGGUGGUCAUUCCAGUAACAAUAAAUAUCCAUCAACAAUAAAUUAUACAUCAACAACAUUAUCAACUCCUAUCUACAUAAAUGUUCAAGUAAACAAUAAACAUCAUCAAGCUAUUCUCGAUACUGGAUCUGCAGUUACCAUCAUCAAUCAACAACUAUUAAAAAAGAUUUACCACAAGAACUUUAUUUACAAAGCAAAAUCACACAAGUCAGCUAAUUGCUCAUCUAUUAACAUUAUUGGGGAAAUUCAACUUGAAAUUAAAAUACAAGGAUAUACAACUUUAAUUGUAGCUGAUGUGGCAACGAAUUUAAUUACUGAUCUAUUACUUGGAAACGACUGGAUUACUCAAAAUAAUGUUAUUAUUGAUUCACCACAACAACAUAUCUUUCUUACUGACAAGAAUCGCCGCAUUUUAACAACAGCACCAUUCAUCAAACCUUCACGUCUUCAAUUACCGGUACUAUUAACAGAUGAAAUUACCCUGCCGCCAUAUUCGGAAAAAUGUAUUAAUAUUAACAUAUUAUCACCAAUGAUUAAUAUAUCCGAAGCUUUAUUUGAACCAGCGACAUAUUUAUAUCCGAAGCAAAUACUACUCACGAAUGCAUUGAUUAAAUUAGAAGACAAUAGUAGUCAAGUUAUGAUUAUCAACGCAACUGAUCGUCAAAAGACAUUAUCGAAGAAUACUCACUUGGGAUAUGCUUCAUAUCAAUCGGAACAAAAUAAUUAUCUUAUUUUACCGGUGUUAUCAAAAAAAAUGAAUAGCCCAUCGUUGCAUUCAAAAUCAACGACUUAUAGGAGGAGCAAAACCUUCGGGGGACGUUCCUGGAUUCCAUCGACAUUUACGCAAUUUUAUAUAAAUCGUGAAACUUCAAUCGACGUCCUUAAUGAUCUAAUCGAUUACGCUUAUUGCAUUCAAAAUUAUUCUAUCGAUACAGAAGGUCAAUUACAACC